CGUCCUAGUGCAGUAAGUAGAUGAGGCAAGCGCAAGAGGAUGAACGCAACUACAAUUAGGCUGAUAGCUUUGUACUGAAAAGAUCUGAUGUCGGUUCGUCAGCCUCAGCACCGAGGCUCAUCAACAUCAUUCCGAGGAUAGCAUUAUUCGUAUUCCUGUACGAUUCAUUGUCGAGUAGAAGACAGAGGGCACUCACCAGUUGGAUGAGCAGGACCUAUUUUGAUUUUACACGAAAGGUUUCGAAGAGAAGAUGACUAGAAAGUGAAUGAAUUUUUUGCCCGAGGAGGUUUUCCACCUCAUGGGCACACACACGAGCGACUCCCUCUGCUUUCGUUUGAUGAAGCACAGGAAAAGGAAUUGUUCUUCAGCCAGGACCAUUUUGUGACUGUUUUCCUCCCGAGAAAUUACCAGCCCCUGCUUCAUCAAAGGAGCGGCAAAUUUCUACCCGCCAUGGUACACUGAAGCCUUAACCUUAUUUUCUCUCAAUAGUAUACAACAAAGUUAGAAAAAGUUUUUGCGGCCCAAGGGAAACCAGGUCGUGCAAGCAAAAGUCGUAAAGGUAGAUAUAGCACAGGCUGUUCCCGUCUACCGAGACCUGCUCGUUUUCGGAUUUGAAAAACAAAAAACGAAGACAAAAAAAGAGAAACAAUUGCAAGGAUACGGACCCCAGCUGGGUACAUCUACAACAUUAAAAGUACAAUUGCAAGAUGUCGGCAUCGUCAACGGCACCGGGCGGAAGUAGCAUCGGCAGCACCGCCGACGAUCUAAAUACCAGCAGCGGUCCUUCGAGGAUGGUCUCUUUGGAGCAGACUCGCGGCCAGGUGCAAACGGCGACGGAUACACUAAAGCAGUCUAUGCAGCUAUCCUGCGCAAACACGACGUCCCCUCGUCCCCAGAAUUGAGAUCGCAGAUUUGCUACACAAACUCAAUAAACUUAAACGCAAACAGGUGCAUGACAGCGUUGGGUCUCUAGUGCAGUCGCUUCACAGGUCGAUUUUUGGCAUCCUGAUUUAGAUAUGUGAUUCGAGCAUGGAGUUGCGCAUGAUGAGACGCAAUGAAUAAGUGUACGCAGAUACACAAUUUCGGCUUUGGCAUACAGAUUUGCAUGGCAAAUUGUUUGGGGGGCGCGGACGUUUUUACUCGGGAUAGCAGCAGAUGGUAGCCCGCGAUGGCCAGUUGCUACCAAUUGCAAACAUGUCUGUGUCUGGAAAGUGUUGUGAUGCUUACACAUGAGCGAGUAGGAGUACUAUACGUUCUCCUUCACCUGACUGCAGUGACAGCAUGUAGCUACGCAUGGAAAGCUUUUCAUCGGUUCUGUAGUGCAUAACCCGCAUGAUAAGUGGUCUCGUCUGUGCAGCAUAAAGAUGCAGCGCUGGUGGUGGUGUUCCGGAACACGCAUCACAGGGAAUUGAUGAAGUAUGCGAGAGCAGGUGUAGUACAAUGAGAAGUCUAAUAAACUUUCCAAACACGCCCGGCAUGUUUGGCCCGGAUAGUGGCGGGGCCUGGACAACAAGUCCGCAACUCUCAACAGCACUGCCGGCCAGUUUAGCCAAUCUUCGAGGCAGCUGCAGCAAAAAAUGAUGCUUCGACAGUAUUUUCUCUACUUUCUCUGCGCGCUACUGUUUAUCGACGCCGUGGCUUAUGUGUUGUUCUCAGACUCUUACUGGACGGUCACAUUCAUGCUAGUGCUCGUGGGCGCGGGAAGCUACUUCGCAAUGAACAAGUAUAAACAGCACCUCGAAUCUAGCUCCGCGAGCAGCUACGUCGAGUUCGCAGAUGACCGACCUGUUUUUGGAAACAGCGACAGCGGGGGCGGAGGUGGCACGUCGCAGAUGGGAAAUCAAGUGUAACAAAAAACUGGAAGAUGAUCUCUAUAGCUCCCUCCCCUCCUGAUCAACAAUUUUGGCCUCAUCGAUUUCACGAGCGAAAGAACGUUUCGAGGCAACAAAGACCACAAGCAACCGACCGUGACAGUGUUCCUGCAGGUGCAGCGACAUAUAAGAAAGUAGAAACAAAGCUAGGUCGUGGAAGACCCAGGAGGAGUACUUUGUUGUGCCACAUGAAACUUGAAGAAAGGCCAAUCCCAAUGUUCAUGGCGUCACAAAAACUUGAUACUCACAUUGCUGAUGCAGCUUGUUAAUUCAUGAUUGCCG